AUGAAGGCGAACCAGCAGCGCAAGCCGCCAGGCAGCAACGGCGCCGCGCUGCCGCAGAAGCGCUUCUACCGCGCUCGCGCGCACAGCAACCCGCUCAGCGAUAACCUCUUCCCAGUCCCCGUGUGCCCCGCGGAGGUGGACUGGUCCGCGCACUUCCCCGCGUUCUUCCCCCCCACCGCUGCUGCAGCACACCCGCCUGCUGAUGGCGCUGCUGCUGCAGUUUCUCGUGCCGCCAAUGGUGCAGCUGGUGGCGCUGCUGCUGGCGGAACAGAAGAGGGGGAAGCGCCCGCUUCAGCGGCGCGAGAUGGAGCGGCACAGCAGCAUGCCAUGACCGCUGUCCCAAGCAGCAGCACGGGGCAACCGAUGGUCCGCUUUGCUGAUGUCGGGUGUGGCUUCGGUGGCCUGCUAGUGAAGCUGUCUCCCAUGUUUCCAGAUACACUCAUGGUUGGCUUCGAGCUACGUGACAAAGUGAGCGAGUACGUGAAGGACCGUAUACUGGCUCUCAGACAGCAACACCCCUCGCAGUACACCAACAUCUCGUUGAUCCGCACUAAUGCCAUGAAGUAUCUUCCCAACUACUUUAACAAGGCACAGCUCACCAAGAUGUUCUUCCUCUUCCCCGACCCGCACUUCAAGGAGAAGAACCACCGCCGCCGAAUCAUCACGACUGCUCUCUUGGCCGAGUAUGCAUACGUGCUGGCUCCAGGAGGCAUCCUGUACAGCAUCACGGACGUGGAGGAAUUGGGUGUGUGGAUGGACGACCACCUCACUGCACACCCGCUCUUCCGCAAGCUCACUCCUGCUCAGAUGGAGGCGGACCCAGUCAUUCCUCUGCUCUCCACGUCGUCAGAAGAGGGUCUCAAGGUGCAAAGAAACGGAGGCCGCACGUUUCUGGCAGUGUAUGAGCGGGUUGCUGCUCCUGCAACUAACAAAGCAUGA